CUUCCACGGUCCGACGCUCUGGGUCGAUGCCUGGGGCGGGACGUUCUGGAAGGGGAAGAAGCCCUGGGGAGCCGUUGGCGACGUCAGCAGGGCGUUCGAGAUCGUGGAGUUUGGGCGGCGACUGUGAAAGGAGCAGAGGCAGGUCAUCUAUCUUGUAUCACUGCGUGUCUUGCACGCCGCUUCUCGGCUGCACAAUCGGACCCUGCUCGGUUGCGUCGCGCAUUCGAGGCCACGGCGGUAGCAAACGGCGCAGCGCCUUCACUCAACGUCGGAUGGAUGGGACUAUCUCUGGUCAUCCCCAUCUCUUAAGUCGUUGACCGUUCCUCUGUAAUAGCAGCGGCGGCCUCGCCAUCUCGUAUAGCAUCGCACGCAGAUGCGAGAUGACUCCUACAGCACAGGCACAGAUCACCUGCGCAGGCGACGUCGUAGACUGAUCGCAACUCGUGCUUCGGUUUUACGUCCUCGGCUUGAGCGAAGGCAUUCACUUCUGCUUUUUGUCCUCUCCCCUGACCAAAGUCUGCUCGCUUGGCCCCAGCAAGGCCUUGAGCCGAGAACGUCAACGAUGCUACAUGACAAGGUAUUACACUCUGGGAUUAUAUUUAUCAAAAUCAAUCCGAAAC